AUGGAAGGAAUUUGGUGUAAUUACUCUGAUUUCAUCAUCAGGUUAGUUCAGUGUGUUUUGUUCUUGUAGCAGUUAUUAUUGAUGCCUCAGCAUCGCUGAAUUAGAAUUCCAUCAGUUUCCAAAGAUUACUGAACGUCUGGACCUGGGAGGUUGGGGGGGGGGGGAUACCCAACAAAGUUCUAUACGGGGAGGCUUCGCCCCGAGAUCCAUCCCCUUUUAUAGACCAUUUUUUUUAAAAAGAUACCCCUUUCGAAUACUUUCUAUUGACAAAUGGUUCCCCUUUCACAUAUUUAGUUUAGAACUUCACAUCUCUAUUAACUGCUGUAAAUGCACGAUCUUUAGACUAUGAAUAAAUCACCCGAAACCAGAACGUUUCCUCGGCAUUCUCACAGCUAUAAAAUGCAUCUGUUAGCCCUUUUGGCCCUUUUUACUGACCAAAAAGGAGGAUUUAGCUACCCUUUCAUAUGCUUCAGCUAGUAAAAUCCCUGUACCCUUUCAUAUAACUUAUUCCUGAAAAAGGUAUCCCUUUCGGGCGGAGCCUCACCGUAUAGCCCAUUAUAGGGAGUACCCCCCCUUCGGGACUAUCUAAACGGCAGCUUUCUCGACAUGAUCGGUGCAAAGUUCUCGACUAGAGGAAUUUGGAGUAUGCGAUUCGUUUCAGAACUGUCAAUCACCAGAUUCGGAGCAGGAACGUUCUCGGCGAGACACAAUGCAAUUUGCUUUCUGUAGCUUUUUCCAGGACAGAGUUUUGGAAGCAUGGGGCUCUAAUUCAGCGAAGAAACGAAAACACAUGAGGUCGGUCGGAGUCGCUGUUUUUGAGCGGUGAAACUUGUUUCGGGCCAAAUUUAGCUUGAGUUGGACGAGGUCAUUAACCCUACCCGCAGGCGCAAAGCUGAUCUCUCAAAAUGACGCCCUACACAGCAAUACAUGACACAUGACUUAGGCUCUGUCCACACUAAUGGGUUUUCAAAAGCAUGCGUUUUUUCGUCAAAAAACCUCGAUCAAGUCGCGUCCGCACUAGCGUUUUGAUGCGGUUUCGACUGUCCACACUAAAACGUUCGAAAACAAUAAAAUUGCACGUUGUGACGUAAGUUGAACUCUGUGCGCAUGCUCCAAACUCCCGCACGUGUGAUAUUUUCGGUUGCCGUUUUCAUGUUGAUGCGUUUUCCACUAUUUUCGACCGACCACACUAAUAUUUGUAUUCGUUUUCGUUUUGAUCCACCUCAAGAGCGUUUUCAAAUCGAUGCGUUUCUGAUUUAAACGCUCGGCGUAUUAGUGUGGACGCAAGGCCUAAACGCAUUGAAAUGUCUGCAUUUUCAAACGAAAACGCAUUAGUGUGGAUCGCCGGGGCCUUAGUUAACAUUUCGUUCAAUUUUUGAUUUUAAUGUAUUGUAAUGUUUAUAGUCUAUUGUAAUAACAUAUGCUAACAAUCCAAACAAUAACAAAUCUUGAUCUAAAUACAAACUGUAUUUUGGAGCAAAUUGGAACUGCCCUAAUUUUUUCUCUACAUGUCAAAACAAAUCGAUGUUUAGAUUUUGUUUCAGGACAAGUUUUGGAUCCGGUCAAAGAGCUGUUUAAAAAAUUGCUGCCUAUUAUUAUUCUUUGUUAAUGCAGAGAUGAAAAUGGCUUCGACGUCACAGACUGGAAACUCGCUCGUAAAUUUCAGGAAGAAAUCGAGGAGAACCUCGAAGACGUUCUGUGGGCCAGGAAGAGGAAAAACAUGCCGGACAUUCCAGCGCGAGUCGGUUUGCGGCUCAUGGGAUGGAGGAGCGACAAGCCCAUUGAAAAAGCUCUCGAAUAUUUUGCUUUUGAUUUUGAACAUGCCAAGCCACUGGAACUAGUGUCUUAUUACCAACUGUUUACAAGAGGGCAAGAUUUUUUUGUUACGGACCAGCGAGGUUUAUGGUCAUUGUAUGAAAACCUCUACAAACCUGUGAACGAACGCGUUCUCUUUCAGAGAACUGUUGAGAGAAUAAAAUAUUCUGACCAUUCAGUCGUAAUUCAAACUGAAAAUAAGGAAACGUUUGUCGCUGACUAUGCUUUGUGUACCUUUAGCACCGGUGUUUUGGCAAGUGGCAGUGUAACCUUCAACCCUCCUCUCCCCCCGUGGAAACAAGAAGCUAUCUAUAAAAACCCCAUGUCCGUCUAUACGAAGAUUUUUCUUAAGUUCCCAUCUAAAUUCUGGGACGACAAUGAAUACAUUUUGUACGCCUCUAAGCGACGCGGGUAUUUUCCAGUGAUGCAAAACAUGGACAAAGAAGGCCUUUUACCAAAUGGGACCAACGUAUUACUGGUGACUGUGACAGGAGACGAAGGAAGACGCAUUGAAGGACAAACGUACAAAGAAACAAAGAAAGAGAUAAUGAAAACUCUGAGGAAAAUUUAUGGUGUUAACAUUCCGGAUCCUACAGGUAUGUACUGGUUGUCAUGGCAAUCACUGUAGUCAUGACAAUCACUGUAAAACAAGUAGUUGUGGCAAUCCCCGAGGGGUACUCCCAAUAUAAUUGCCUAUACGGGGAGGCUCCUGAUCUCGAAGGGGGUACCACAGGGUCCCACAAAAUCUGUGUGUGUAACCGAUGUUAUUUUAUAGUAAAUGUACUGGAUUUACCGUUUCCUUCACCUAUGGCAAUAUAUAGCUAGGUAUGUAUAUAUGUAUAGUCGUCCUUUUGCCUCAAAAGUCGUUUUUUGAGCGAUUUUGAAGGAGUCUGAGUUCGCCGUUUACUGUUCCUAAUAACUCAAACUCCUUCAAAAUCGCUCAAAAAACCGCUUUUGAGGCAAAAGGACUACUAUAUACCACAGCUAAGGUAAUUCAACGUUUAACAUUUAUAUACAUAUCUAGCGCUAUAUCGCUAUAGGUGAGGCAAACGGUAAAUCCAGUACAUUUACUAUAAAAUAACAUCGGUUACACGCACAGAUUGUGUGGACCCCCUGUGGGUUUACCUUUCUCGGGCUUUAGGUAUAUAAAAGGGUAGGGGUUUGACUGGUAGAGAUGUAUGAAAGGGUUGGGGAAUCUGUCAUUUCAGUCUGUAAAAGAACCUUUAAAGGGCCAACAGACGCAUUUAUGAUUGUGAAAGAAACAAGAAAAUGUCCUGGUCUAGUGAUUUAUUUCGAAAAUACGUCGCAUUUACAGCAGUUAAAAUUGGGGAGUUGGGCGGGUUGGAAAAAUUACAACCGCUACAAGCAUGCACGAUCUCGAGAAAAUGCGCACAGAUUAUACAAAAUUCCUGCGAAAUCUCCUGGGACGAGAAUCGACUUUGCAUAUAACUUCUCUUCACUCACUUACCCAGCCCCACCUCUGUCAGUUUCUCGAUCUCAACACUCCCAUCCGUUUGAAAUGUUUUCUUUUUCUUCUAUUCAUAGCAAUAUUCUAUCGCCGUUGGUCCAAAGAUCCUUUUACCAGGGGAGCCUACAGCGAGCCAGUUGUAGGUAUGACUCCCCAGGAUUUCUCAAACCUCGCGGAGAACCUGGGUCGACUUUACUUCGCGGGAGAAGCAACGAGCGAGGAUUGGUACGGCUACAUGCAGGGAGCUUACUUUACUGGAAAAAAACAAGGGCAGAAAAUCGCGGAUGAUUUUCUGCAAAAAAAUCUUGAAAGAAACGAAUUGUAAGAAACGAAUUUUUCGAUAAACUAUAACUAUAUUGUUUCCUUGCAAAAAAUAUUCAGAUUUUGAAACUAUCCUAAAGCCAGUUUAACUCAUUAAAAGUUAAUAGUAGCGUUGAGUGGUCCUCUCAGUCUAGUUAGAUUGGAAACAAACACUUACUUGGUCCACAGGGGGUGGGAGAGCUUCCUUAUUUGACCACCGCCCCGCCCCCAACUCCCAGGCAACUGGAAGAAGGCUGCUUUUGUGGUUAUUAAAGAUUCAAAAAUGGCUGAAGUGUCAACUCAAAGGAUGAAUAGUCGUUAUAAUUCAGAUUUACCAGAACAUGGUCUUGUGAAUUGUGAUAAAGAUUGAAAACUGACUAAUUGUAGGCUUCAAAUAGACACAAAAUGUGUUAAAACAAACAACGAAGUUUUACAAAAGAAACUGAUAUUAGUUUUAUAAUAGAGAUACCAACUGGUUGAUUUGUAAGUUGUAAUUAAAAUUUAGAGGUGGAAGUAUUAAUUAAAAGUGUUUGUCUUAAACGUAAUGAAGGCAAUAAAUGAAUAAAAAC